ACAACUACUUACUGAAGGUGAAUCUAGAAAGCUCUUCACACUGCUGUAAUCUCAAAUUAUCAGAAAUGCACAGUAUUACGAAAUGAUUGUCAACCUUUUCUAAAUGAAUUCAAAGGAAAUAAGUGACUGAAGAUUAAAUGAAGCUACCAGAAGCUGAAAAGAGAGAACACCUAAAGAAGGAAGCCAAAGUCCAAUAAGGGAAAAAGAGGUAGAGAAGAAAAAGGUGGUAAGCUUGAAGAUUGUUACAUAGCAACAAUGGAGCAGCAUGACUUAGUGGAUACACUAGACUUGGCCAGUGAGCCACAUAAUGACCAGAAAAAUGAAAUGGAACAGUGUCAGAGUACUUCACAAGAAAGCCAAGAACAUGGAUGGAACAAACUGAAAACUGCACUUUUCACAGCUGGAUGUAGCAUUUGUUUAUUUGUCCUAUCACAAAUACUUCUCAUGUGGAUCGUAUACUGGUGUAGUGGUUAUGGAGCGAUUACAGCAGCACAGAAUGUCUUAGACCUCCUUCAGUAUCUCAUUACUCCACUAGGAAUUCUUAUUUCCAUUCGUGAGGAGGGGUUAUCAGUCCUACAACAUAGAAUUUGGGAUGCAGAGAUUUGUUGCCCCUUGAUGAGCAUGGCUAUUCUGGGAACAUUAUUAACUGGUUCUGGGGUUCUGUAUUAUUUGAAAGCCUUAAAUCCAGAGCCCCAGCCGACCCUUCCAGAUGACAGACGUCAGUCUGUAAGUCGCCAGCCUUCAUUCACUUACUCUGAGUGGACAGAUGCUGCAGCAGAUGAUUUCCUCGACUUUGACCCAUUACCUGAGACUCCAGUUUUUGACUGCCCAAUGGAUCUUAAAGUAGAAACUGAUCCAGCUACCUUAACUGUCAAACCAGUGGGACUUCAAGAAAGGAGAGGGUCCAAUGUUUCUCUGACACUUGACAUGUGCACCCCUGGAUGUACCGAGUCAUACGGAUCUGUUAUGUCACCGAGAGAGCAGUCAGCCCGUGAAUAUCUCCAAAAUGCAUCCAAUGUUCUUACUACAGAGCAACUGCAUGAUGGAGCUUUGGAUUCAUUUGCUCUCCAGGCUGAAUUCCUUGAAAUCCCUAUGAAUUUUGUUGAUCCAAAGGAAUAUGACAUUCCUGGUUUGGUACGGAAGAAUCGGUACAAAACAAUCCUUCCAAAUCCUCACAGCAGAGUGUGCCUUACCUCGACAGAUGAGGAUGAUCCUCUUAGUUCAUACAUAAAUGCUAACUACAUAAGGGGCUAUGGAGAAGAGGAAAAAGUAUAUAUUGCUACUCAGGGACCCACAGUAAAUACUGUCAUCGAUUUCUGGAAUAUGGUGUGGCAGCAGCAUUCCCCUGUCAUUGUAAUGAUUACAAACAUAGAAGAAAAGAAUGAGAAAUGUACAGAGUACUGGCCAGAGGAAACAGUCACUUAUGAAGAAAUGCAAAUUAUAGUAACACAAGUCAUAGAAGAAGAUGAUUAUAUCUUAAGACUUAUUACACUAAAGUGUGGUGAUGAAGAAAGAAGAUUAAAGCAUUACUGGUAUACAUCCUGGCCAGACCAAAAGACACCAGACCAUGCUCCCCCUUUACUACAGCUAGUACAGGAGGUAGAAGAGGCCAGACAACACGCAGAAGAUAAAAGUGCACCAGUGAUUGUCCACUGCAGUGCUGGUCUGGGCAGAACAGGCUGCUUUAUUGCAACGAGCAUUGGUUGUAAACAGCUGAAGAAUGAGGGAGUUGUAGAUAUACUGAGAACAACCUGCCAGUUACGUUUGGACAGAGGAGGAAUGAUUCAAACUUGUGAACAGUACCAGUUUGUCCACCAUGUUCUGAGUCUCUACGAAAGAAAAUUGUCACAAACGGUAAAAGAAUGAAGCGCUGCCUCAUACGUUAUGAAACCUAGAACCAACUGACUGUAAAAACUUCUGGAUACAGUCUUGAUGUGGUAAAAGUACGGUCCUUCUCAAGUCUUACAGAAAGAAGUAUUUUUAGUUCACUUUUGCCUCAUACUGUUCCAACAUUUAAGAACUGAAAUAUCAGUCUUCACUUUGUUUACAGACGAUACCAUUCACCAAAAAUAUUUGUAUUCUUCACAAGGCAUACAUUUCAUUCUGCAUUUGUCACAGAAAAUCUGUGAUCACAUACGGUUAACAAUUUCAUACCGUCUUCUGUACAUGACACGUGUCAAACAUUUCAUGCAGAUACAUAUGACAUAUUGUUUAAGUCUGCAAUUCUGCCACUUUAUUUUGUCUUUUUAAAAUUAUCAAGAAUCUGUGUCAAAUAUAUGUAUUUAUUUAUGUAAUUAUUUAUUUAUAAAUGUCUAGUCAGCUACACUAUGCUACUGAAAUUCUCAACAAUAUCAAAAUAAUACUUCCUGUAGAAGGGCAGAUGUCAACAAACACACCUACAAUUGUCAGAGCUCAUAUAUAGAGAACCAUCAUUUCUGCCACAACCAUAUCUUCUGCAAACAGUCAAGCAACAUGCGUUGUAAAAAAUAACUCUGAGAAGUGGAGAGCAUCAUAGAUUUUUCUAGCAGAGCAUAUUUUAUAAUUGCUGUACUUCAUUUCGACUGUCCAUAUGAGAAUUAUUUUGCACAAAUGUUUUACUUACUUAUUUUUCUUUCUUCCCUGAGAAAAAAUGUAAAUUAAAAAUGCAUUAUGACAUCAGCAAAUUUCAACACAGACUGAAGACUACAUCUUGGAAUGGAAUGUGCUUUACAAAAGUUAUGUUGUCUAAGCAACUGUGUAAUAUGAAAAAUUCUGCAUCCUUUUUCAGGCUGGGCUGUGUAUCACUCCUUUUCGUGUGCUGAGCCCAUGAUGUCAUGGGCAACACAGAAACAGUUUUAUCUAAUACCUAGGUCUGCUUAACUAGAAGGGGCAUGUUAAAACUAAGAUUCUCUGUCACUGAUGUUGGUGAUUAUUUGAUAUUUAAGUGAUGCUACAACUUUUAUAAUUAAUACUACUUAAUGGUGACCUUUGCUAUGCUAUGGACUGCUGUGCAGUUCAAUAUAUUGUUUUUCUGUUAACAACUUAAAUAUUUAGAAAUGCUACAUAUUCAAAUUCUUGGGCCUUGCUGUAUUGCUUAGCAUAACAAAAUGAUACUUGUGUAGGGUAGAAAUACUAUGAAUAAGUAGUUAAAAAGGAGUGGGGGAAAUGCUGCUAAAAGUGUCAAUAUUUCCUAGAGACAGAAGUCAUACGUUAUUCUUCAGUGUUUCAAAUGUGAUUGAGGUUAAGGUUUAAAUGGGGAAAGGGGUUAUUAUCUUAUUAAUUUCUGAUCAUUUCUUGAUAUCUUUUCAGUAAGUGUUCAUUAAGUGUGAAUUGUUUUUGUUAACAUGUAAGAAUACAAAUGUGCUAAAAAAUCUUGUCCUACAUAAAAAUAUAUUUUUAAUUGGUAACUGUAGUCAGCUGAUGACUUUAGUAGCAUCUCCAUAAACAACUCUAAAAAUGUAAGGGUAUUUAAUUCCACUGCUCAAAUGAGCAAACAUUUCAGCUUAAUAACCAUGAAGAUAUUCUUAUAACUACACACACAGAAGACAGCAUUUGUUUUAAUUGUUGAUGUCCAGGUUAGAGAGAAUGCACAGUGCUUUCAGUCAAGUAUAAAAAAGUGUGGAGAUAAAAAAUGUUGAAAUAUACUAUAGCAUUUUGUAAAAUCAGCUGAAAGUGAAAUAAAACUACUUUACAAUAA